UGAGCUUCAACCCCGUCGUCCACCAUGAGCUAAUCCCCAACCAUCAAACGCCCUGUUGCGGCUGCCUGUGACGAUAAUCACCACCACCACUGCCACCACCACCAUAAGACGACAGAUCUCCUCUCCUCAGAAGCAAGACACCAUGUCAAUAGCAAUCUGGCCUCCCCUGGCCCCCGCAGACCUGCUUCAAAAGAAGGAGGAAUCACUCAAACGCGAGCUGGAAUGGAUCGUCACCGAAACCCACGCCGUCCUCGGGGACAUCCGCCACGGCCUGCAGGACUGCUACGCCCUCCUGGCGCCCAUCGACCCGGGGAGCACCCUCGUCAUGAGCACGCAGCGUAACGAGCGCGUAAAGGGGACCGUUACCCGCGUCGGCACGCGCAUAGUCAAAGGGACAAUCCACCUCCAGCUCAAAACCCUCCCGACCCAGACCCUAACCAUCGACCCUUCGCACCCAGUCCACAUCGCCGCCCUCGAGACCAUCCAUACCCACCUCACCGAGUGCCUCGACCUCCUCUCCCUCACCGACGCGCCCUCCCACUCCCCCUCCACCAACGCCACCCAGCUCGCCGCCCAGCUCCGUAUCCUCGCAGCUUCCCUCGCCGAGUCCUCCCUCCUCCUCAAGGGCCCGCCUCUCAACGAGCCCGACCCCCGCUGGCAGUCCGACUCGUGCCCGCCCGUCCACUUCGCUCCGGCCCUCGGUCCCAACGUCAGCGUCCACCUCGCCCUGCAGGAGUCGAGCCUCGUCCUCUGGCUGCGCGCCCUCGAGCCCGUCGCGACCCCCGUCCACUUCGGCACCAAGCUCGGCCUCGCCCUCGGCACCUUGCGCCGCCUCGAGCACGACGAGAUGGACCGCCCCUUCCGCUUCACUUAUAGCACCGUUACCGACGGCGGCCAGAAGCACAAGCACGGCACCCCGCACCCGCAGAGCAGCGGCGGCGGCAGCCCCCUCAGUGGGCUCGGCACGCCGUCGAGCAACGGAGAGGCCAACGAAGUCUACGUGCGGGAGAAGGUCCGCGUCGAGAGCCUGCCGGACCCGAACCUGAUGUCCCUGUCCUCCAAGCUGGUUGCCCUCGGCCACACGUUGGCCAACGCGAGGAGGAAUCUGGCGGCCGUCAUGGGCGAAGAGUUUGAUGAAUGAGGCGGCAAGAACUCCUUUGAAAGCUCUCCCUUUCUUUUCUUUUGCUGGUCUGCGCAGCUUGAAUACGGAUACCCCCGGAGUUUUUGGCAGGGAAAUAAAUAGGAUUUACAACAUUUUCCAUUUUGGGUGGUCAAGGUUACUGUUUUCAAAUUCCUAUGUGCUGGUUCUUUUGUUUGACCAGAAAUCUCUACACAUACACACGUUGCCACCAGCCAGAGUGUAACCCUAAAAAAAGAAGUUCAUGAGCAAAAUAGGAAAAAGCCCAUCUGUCUUCUGACCGAACCGCCAAGCCCUCGGCCCAUGAAGAACGUUCCUCUCAGGUGCCUUGGCAAAGCAGGCACGAACCGAGCCAGCAAAGGUCCCCUCCCCUCC